CGGCACGUUCCAUCCAUCCAUCCACACGACACACAAACACAGAAAGAGAGACGGAGAGAGUGAGACACUCACUGUGCACACCUUCCCGCCUCACCCCACCCGACCUCAUACUGAAGAGCCAGCAGCAUGGCGCGGUGCAGCGAGUAGAGGCAGACCCCCGCCCACACCGUGAGGGUGCGCUGCAGCAGCACGCACACAUAAGACACGGAAUCUUAUGUCUGUCUUAUGUGUGCGUGCGUGUGUGUGUAAGUGAGAAGGCAAAUGGACUGUGUGGACAAUACAAACGAGUGUUCUCCAGUUCGAUGUAUGAAGGGCAUUGGUUUGUGAGAGAAGAACAUGGCAGGAAGCUGUGAUUCAAAUUGUGUGUUCACAGACAUGCAACUCAAACUUCUAAGUUUCUCCCCCUUUUUUCGGCGGCUUCUGAAAUGUGUUCUUUGUUCGAAUUCUCUAGAGUUUCUCCUGAAUCCUUUAUUCAUUUUUCUGCGUUGCCGAAAAUUGUUUUUUUACGAUCACGAGUAUCCCCCAACCAGCGAUACUGGCCGGGCUAGUCGCGGUCUGUCUGAUUCGGAUGCGAUGUGCCACCCCAGUAGUCCAAUCAUGGUUCCCCAGGCCAAGCACGUGCACGCAGUCCGUGCAGCCCGUCGAUCUCGCCCGUGUGUUGCAGCCACAGUGAGUGAACGCCUUAAAGCCAUCGUGAGCCAGCAUUCUAUGCGGAUAGAGAAACACCAUCCGGACACCAAACCAGACACCCACACUCACCCACCCAUCCAGAAAUUGACCUGAUCCCUGCUAUCAUCCCCCAUCCAUGCAUCCAUCGCAUCCAUCGAUUCAAGGCAUACACACGUGCAUUCACACAUUCAUACGUUCGUUACCUGUGGGAUCGAAGACCCAUGGCAUGGCAUGGCAUGCGCUCAUUCAUGCCAUGCUUGUGUGCGUGACACACCAGACAGACAGGCAUCACUUCAUGGUAUUGGGAUGACAACCAUCACAGACUUCGCUGAGAGAGACACACAGCAAUGGCCACACCGGACGGAUUCCCACACUCAGUGGGCAAAAAUAGAUAGACAGACAGACACAGCCACUGACUCACCGACUGACUCUUGUGGUACUCCCCCACUAUAACGGUAUGACUGACUAACUUCCUCGCUCACGCGCGGCCUCCGGCGCACUGAGCAGAAGUCUCUCUCUCUCUCUCCAUCUUUCCCCGGACACAGUUGCAUCUCAUGAGCAUGCGACAUUCAGUAUAUUGACGGACAGCGGGACAAAUAAACGACACAGCACGCAUCCAACCAAUCAACCACAGGCCAAGUAGGGAAUACGACGACCCCAUCACACAUACAUACAUCCGGGAAAUGAAGUCAUCAGUCAAGCCAAGCCCACAAACCAUCCAUCCAUCCUUGUGGGCAGCACACCCAACCCACCCCACCAGAGGAACGGACGCAGUGGAGGGCACUCAUCUGCAGCAAACAUACACGCAUACAUCCAGACACACAUGCACACACAAUAUGAGCACAGGGACACAUACACAUGUAUCUGUCUGUCUGCCUGGCCUGAUCUGGUCUGAUCUGGUCUGGACUGGCCGUCGGCCGCUUACUACACCCAUCGUUAUACGGUAUUGAUCAAGAGAGACAUGUUGGCCCGCCUGAGGCUGCCGACAAUCACGUACGCACAUACAUGGAACAUACACACGUACGAAAGAGGAGAGGGAAAGGCCACAGAACCGCCUCCCACGUGCGAAUGUGGCGAGCCAGCAGUGAGUAGGUGGCGCAUGAUGCAGUAGUUAGUGCAGAACGCCAUGCAUAUGAAUACGAACGAUGUGUGCACACAUGCGCAGCGCACAUAGACACAUCGAUGGACCUGACUUGCCACCCAUCUAUGUGGAAUCUGGGUGUUCAUUCCGUCUCUCGUGCAUGUCCCUCUCUGUGUCAGUGUGCGUCACCUACCCUCCCAGCCAUGAGUCCGACACCGCGCCGACGGAGGUCUCCCCAACACCGGCAUCAACAUCCAUGCCCCGCUCUGAAACAACGUCCGCCGCCCAAAAGGGCACCAGAAGGACCAAAGGAUUGACCACAUUCAGUUUCGCCAAGUGCCCCGCACCCCAUCGGCUGACCUCUUUCCAUAUCAUAGCUCGGCGGCUUCUCCAUGUACUUGGGCGGGGGGUCCUCCGGAACAUCAUCCCGGCUAAAGCCGAAGAACAAUCUGGCGUUCCGGUCGCCAUCCGACUGGUACGGCAGACAGGCGAGCCUAAGCGGGGGCCGCUGGAGGUACCCCUCCCUCUCAGGCGGGAGCACCGGCAGGCCAAGCAGGAAAGACCCCGCUCUGCAGCCUGUCGUGCUCGCCGCCGAGGGAGCCCGUCCCUGUCCCCGCCCCAGCCCCGAACUGGCCGAGAAGACACUCGUCCGUGCACUGCUGCUGCUUUGGCUGGGGAGGGAUGGCAUCCGUUGCCGAUGCUCGGGCUCCCUCUCGUAGUAGGGCCGCACACCCCUCUGUCGCUGCUGUGAGGCGAGGUAAUCGGCCGGGCCAAACUGGUGCACAGGCGUGCCAGAGAAGGGCUCUGACGGCCGAGGCGGGAGGGGCCACGGACGCGGCGGGGGCUGCGGGGGCUGGGGGUCGGGUAGCGAAGGGGGCAGGCGGGACGAGAAGGGGAUAUCGAGAGCCAAUCCUGGCUUCUCACGCGCCGAGACCCCACCUGGCUCGUACAGGUCCAUGGGCAUGCCUCCUUGGCCCCGCGGAAGAGAGCCAAAGAAGCCCGCCGGACGGGGCUGCUCUUGCUGAUAGGGAUAGGGGACGUGUAGCCCAUAUGGGCUCUCUGACGGCGGGGGGCUCGGCUGCGGCCUGCUGCACAAGCUGGAGCUUGAGGAUUGCGAGCGUGGGUAGCUGGCCUGCCGCAUUCUAUCGCCCUUGCUUGUCGCCAGACGGACCUCUAUCGGACGACGGCCGUUUGGCAUGAUCAGCUUUUUGUCCAGCUGCACAAUGGCUGACGCUGCCUCCUCCCUGUCUGGCAUUGUCACGAACGCAGCACCUGAUGAUAAACACACAACAACAGAGGGCGAGUGUUUGUGGUCCGCGUAUAUUGCUUGCUUGGGCCCUUUUACAUUUGCUUUCGCCUUGGGAGUCCCUCCUGCAUGCGUACGAGGACAACCAGCGAUGAUUCUCCGGAAGGUAUCCGUCAGUGUCUCAGCGAGGGCGAGCUUACAUGAUCCAGACUUCAUCAACGGCGCCAAACUGCUCGAAGACGGCGCCCAGCUGUCGGUCCGUGACACUCUUGGGCAGUGACCCGACGAAGAUCUUAGCUGCCUCACCGCCAGGCUGCAUCUGAGGCGGGAUGCCCAAACGCUCCAUCUGACACGCGCACACCACACACCGACAAACAGACAGACACACACGUUGUUGAGGGUGGGGCGGAUGUGGUGUGCACCACCUACCUCUCCUUCGGCGAAUCUGACUUGGAUGGCCCCAGCACUCUGGUUCAAGACGCAUUUGCCGUGCAGCUGCUCCAUGGCAGCAAGGGCAUGCUGCACCGUCUGGAACCGCACGAACGCACAUGCUGAAUGCAUCGCAACAGGACACCGGAUCGAUUUGUGUCCAUCCACUUGUCUGCCUGUCUGCUCCUUGCGCGUACUUCUUGAGUUUGGCCCUCUGGUAGUUGGUCUGUUGGGUGAGUUGGUUAAGAUGUGCACGUCCAGAACGACGCCGCUGAAGGCAGACAGACAGACCACACAGACAGACAUUAUCUAGCCAUCCUUAGCAAAGUACUGUGCAGUAUGAAGGUGCACUCUCCUACCACCGGUUGAAGACAUCGAACAGCUGCCGUUCAGAUAUGCCUGCCAUGGGAGUGGAGCAACGCACAACACAGACGCCCACACACACACACUCACAUCCACACAAUCUCUACUAGCGGCGGCAUCUUUCGCAGCAGAUGCGCAUCCGUCUAUCUUUGUACCUACCGACGGGCAGCCUGUUGACGAACGUCUUGACGGGUGACGACGUCAGCACAUUAUCCGGGAGGGGGCGGGGGGCAGGAGGGGCUGAGUGGCCGUGGGGUGGUGUCGCUGCCAAAGCUGGUGCUGGUGCUGGUGCUUGAGAGAAUGAUGGAGUGGGGUGACUGUACUGCGGUGGCGGCGGCCGGGGACGUGGGUGGUGUGGCAGAGCUGGCGAAGGGGCGGGCAGCCGUGGCGGCUGUUGGAAUGACGGCGGGGAGUCAUGGGAUGACGCGUAGGGCGGAGGAGGCUCUCGAUGCAUCUC